AUUUCUUUUUUUGUUUGUUUUCUUUUCCCUCAAAGGAACAGACCCUUUGGUUUGUGAGAAAAAAAGAAAAGAAAUGAGUGAAUGGUUUCAAAAAUUUUGAUAUGAAUCCCAGGCUUUCAUAUACAAUUUCAAUUUAAAUAUUUCUUUUCCCUCCGUUGAAUGGUCUAAGCUGGACUAAGGUGUGUGACUCCCAUUAGCGUGCAGCGAAACUCCGAACGCAACGCUCCUAGAAAGAAAGCUCAUUCAUUUCUUCUUUCGAUCAAAAAACAACAAUCAAUCAAUCUCCUUUUUUCAUUCAGGAUGCAACGUUUUCUUGACAACGUCCUUGCUGUUACUAAAGAGUCGGUGAAGACGUUUACUUAUGAAUCGUUGAACAAUAUUGUGAGAGUGAUAAAUGGUGUGUCAGCUCUUGUGUUGACACUGCUACCUGGGAAAGCCACUAUACUUGAAGGUAUUCAAGGUUGGGAGCUCAGGCCAACUCUUCGUGGAACAUGCUUUCCACGUUGGAUGGAUAAUGGUGUGUCCUCUUUCAACCACUUUAUUCAUGAGCUUUCUGUGGAUUCCGAUGUAUCAAGCCUGGAAUAUUCAUCUGAAGAAGAAGAAGAAGAAGACAGUGAUUAUGAUGGAUAUGAAGAAUAUCCUGAAUCUCCCUCAUCACAAAGUUCUAGAGCCUCCAGAGCUAAUUGGAUUUUGGUUCCUAUACACUUGUUGCUAGGGAUUCCAUUUCGCCUUUUCCAGUUAGCUUAUUCUGGGUCUGGGGUGUCAAAACCGCCACUGGCUAUCUCUGCCAAUCAACACCCUUCACAAUCACAUUUUCCUAAUAAAGUGCAAAGCCUCAAGGACCAAAUUAUCCAUCGUACUACUGACAGGAGACGUGGGAUCAUUGAGGAUCUCCAUAUGGCCAUGGAGAUAUUUAUAGAAGCUGUUUUUGAUGUUGUUCACAGGGCAGUACAUCUUCUUUCCCCAUCAGAAGCUCUUGGAACAUUAUCCAGGUUGUUUUCAUCUCAUGAUGAUGUUGCCGAGGAUGCCUCUACUUCUUCAGCUACACUUGGAGACAAUGAGCCAACACCUACAGACAGGAAUACUAGUUCUCGUUCAUCUCUGAACACAGAUGCCCGGACAUGUCAAGACGUUAUAACAGAGCUAGGGUAUCCAUAUGAAGCUAUUCAUGUCAUCACUGCCGAUGGAUAUGUUCUUCUUUUAGAAAGAAUUCCUAGGCGAGAUGCAUGUAAAGCUGUUUAUCUUCAGCAUGGAGUCUUCGAUUCAUCAAUGGGUUGGGUAUCUAAUGGUGUUGUUGGCUCUCUCGCUUUUGCAGCCUAUGAUCAAGGGUAUGAUGUAUUUCUGGGAAACUUUCGUGGUUUGAUUUCUAGGGAACAUUUUAACAAGAAUAUCUCUUGUCGUGAAUACUGGCGAUACUCCAUCAAUGAACAUGGGACUGAGGAUAUUCCUGCUAUGAUAGAGAAAAUCCAUCAAGUAAAAACUGCUGUUAGUAAGCCUGAUACUGAGGAGGAAAGCAAUGAUGGUCAGCUUUACAAGCUUUGUGCAAUUUGCCAUAGUUUGGGAGGAGCUUCUAUGUUAAUGUAUGUUGUUACGCGUAGGAUAGAAGCCAAGCCCCAUAGACUUUCAAGAUUGGUUUUGUUAUCACCUGCUGGUUUUCAUCAUGACUCUAACCCAGUCCUUUCAGUGGCGGAGCACGUAUUGUUUUUGCUGGCCCCUAUUUUGUCUCGUAUUUUCCCAGCCUUCUAUAUACCAACUAGAUUUUUCCGUAUGAUUGUUAACAAGUUAGCUCGGGACCUGCAAAACCUGCCUGCAGUUGGAGGAUUGGUUCAAACUUUAGGAGUUUAUGUUGUUGGUGGGGACAGCUCAAAUUGGGUUGGAGUUUUAGGAACACCACAUUACAACAUGAAUGACAUGCCAGGAGUAUCUUUUGGUGUUAGUCUCCAUCUUGCUCAGAUAAAACGUGCUAGAAGGUUUAGAAUGUUUGAUUAUGGGAAUGCAUAUGGGAAAGUGUAUGGUUCCCCUGAGCCUUUGGACUUGGGUGAACACUAUGGACUCGUCGACAUUCCUGUUGAUCUGGUUGCUGGUCAGAAAGACACGGUGAUACGAUCUUCAAUGGUGAAGAGACACUAUAAAUUGAUGAAGGAUGCUGGUGUGGAUGUGUCUAAUGAGUUUGAAUAUGCUCAUUUGGACUUUACGUUCUCUCACCGUGAAGAACUUUUGUCAUAUGUUAUGUCGCGUUUGCUGCUUGUGGAGCCCAAUUCAAAGAACCAAGUAAAUCAAAGGGAUCUAAGGUUGAGGAAAAAGGACAAGUUUCAUUUAAUGGGUAGAAUAUGAGAUCUAACAUAUGAUCAUCUCCUACUGAUAUGUUUUUGCUGUGUCUCGUACACUGCCGGAUGGAGUUGUAUAUACCUGUUUGCUUACAGAACUGCUAUGUACAUGUGUCAUCUUUUCCUUUAAAUCUUAUCUCUCUUUUUCUGUUUGGAGAAGAAAUUCAAAACAAUUUUGGAAUACACUGUAAAAAAGUGUGAACUCUGACUGAAUGGAACAGAGGCGUCAGAGAAAAUGGAUUGUUGUUGUAUGUCGGUAGUUCACUUGAGGUUUGUGGAAAUUCGUGUUAACUAUGUUGCUUGAGGUUUAGGAUAGCAAUUAAAUCUGAAGUUGCAGUCCAUGCGUCCAAUCCGAUUCCAUUUUUUAGCAACCCAUUAUUUGAUUUCUAUAUCAUGACAAUUAUCUCUAUUGUCUUAUAAAUAUUACCAUACAUGACGCACUAU